AUGCACUAUUUAGGCGAGCCAGAAAGCUUACAACGGGCCCUUCAAGCUCGAUACUCCCGCGCAAACUCUCCUGGCGACGAACUAGUCGCUUUUAGGAUUCCAAUUGGUCAGACAACAGAAUCAGGUGAAAUUCGUAAUACUGAGGACAGUCUGGGUAUCCGACUCGUGGGCCACCGUAGACUUUCUUUUCAUGCGACAUUUGUGGCUGGCUUACGUGAUGGAUCUAUUGCUGCUAAAAUUGGCCAGCUGAGGCCUGGAGAUGAAAUUGUUCAGGUGAACGACAUUUGUCUACUGAACAUGCUUCAUCUUAAUGCCAAGCUGGAGAUCGCGAAACAGUUGAGCAAGAUACGCCAACAGGCCGCCUUGCGUAAGUGCCCUCCGAUCCGGACGCAAACAGGGACCAUGUGUAUCACCAAGCCUGAUAAUGAGUUUGGGGCUGACGAAAGUUUGGUGCUCGUUGUUCGACGUAAUCCGGCAAAUCCUAGUUUGAUGGCUAUGCCCAGCGUUCUAGACCCUACACACCUCAUCCUACCUUCAGCUAGUAUCACCUCUACCCAACUUGGCCCUUCUGCUGCCCAUACACAAGAACAUGCACCCCUCCCCAAACCUAUUCGGCUUCCAGUGGCUACCUCCGAUCUAUUGGACAGAAAGGCAGAUUCCGAGCUGACAGAGGUUCACGUAUUCCAUAGGCUACCGUAUCUAAUACUUGUGACCGGUUUUGAACCUUUGAUCUGGUGA